AGGACCGAAACGCCACUUCCGGGAAGAUGGCGGCUCAGCGGUCGGAUCUGGCACGUGUGUUGCGGAGAGGGGUUUGCAGUGACUGACGGGAUGAUGUGACCUUUUCUUUGAUGAGGACCUAAAGACAGUUGCUCUUUUUUCACCAUGAAUGUCGUCACCCCAGAGGUCAAGAGCCGUGGGAUGAAGUUUGCUGAGGAGCAGCUGCUAAAGCAUGGAUGGACUCAAGGCAAAGGCCUGGGCCGGAAGGAGAAUGGCAUCACACAGGCCCUCAGGAUAAGACUGAAGCAGGACACUCAUGGGGUGGGACACGACCCUGCCAAGGAGUUCACAAACCACUGGUGGAAUGAGCUCUUCAAUAAAACUGCAGCCAGCUUGGUAGUCGAAACUAAGCAGGAUGGAGUACAGAUAAAGCGCCUUUCUAAGGAGACCACCCGUCAUAAUCAUCCCAAGCCCAACUUGCUGUAUCAAAAGUUUGUGAAGAUGGCCACACUGACUUCAGGUGGGGAGAAGCCAGACAAGGACUUGGAAAGCUGCAGUGAUGAUGACAACCCGAGGCUCCAGCCUCCAAAAAUUUUGACUGAUGAGAUGUUGCUCCAAGCCUGUGAGGGGCGAACAGCACACAAGGCUGCCCGUCUUGGGAUUACAAUGAAGGCUAAGCUUGCUCGGUUGGAGGCCCAGGAGCAGGCCUUCCUGGAUCAGCUCAAAGGCCAGGACCCUGGGACCCCGCAACUGCAGUCUGAGUGCAAGCCCCUCAAAAAAAAGAAAAAGAAAGGGAAGCAGAAAGAGGAGGAGGCUACAGCAAUCGAAAGGAAUGCAGAAAAGAAAUACCCAGAACACAUUGACCAGAGCAUCAGGAAAAGCAAGAAGAAGAAAAGACAACAUCGAGAAGAAAAGGUCACAGAUGAGAGACAGGGAAUAACCAUAGGGGAUGAGGAAGAGGUCACAGGAACAAGAGAGCAUGGGGAACUGAACAGCAGAGAACAAACUGACCAGUGCCCCAGGAAAAAGAAGAAAAAGAAGAGGCAGCAACAUGAAGAGGAGAAGCGAAGGGUCUCAGAUAAAGGGAGAGAGAAAGAGGUUCUAGGUAGUGUCAUAACAGAGGUAGAGAGCCGAGCACACACUGAUCCAUGCAGCAGAAGCAAGAGGCGGCAGCAGGAGGAGGAACACUUGAACAUAGAAGAUAAAGAAGUUGAGGCUGUCGUAGAUGGUAGGAUCUGCGAAACAGAAUGCAGAGCAUUCAGUGAUAGGAAGAGCAAGAAAAGACUGCAACAUCAGGAGGAGGAUGUCUUGGUUACAAGGGAUGGACAUGAGGAUGGCAGCACUAGGGAGAGCUCAAGCAGCAGAGGGAAGAAGAGGCAGCAGCAAGCAGAGGAGGAAAGAGCCAGAGUCAGCACUGACCAGAGAGCAAAAAAAAAGAAAAAGAAGAGAGACUGAAGGUCAGGUAAGGGUGGGGCUCAGUCAAUUUCUUUUCCAAAGUUGUUGAAUCCUCAAGAGACCUGAGCUGAUGCAGGUCUCCUGCACCUUUCCAGUGAGGAAUCCUUCCCAAGGAGAAAACUGAGCUCGAAUACAAGCCUGCUGAGAGACAGCGGUAUUGCCAUACCUUAACUGACAGUGUGGACAUCUUUGCAGCUUCUAACCCAGAGAUCAUGAACUCAAGUGCCAGUAGUAGGAGCCAGGCAGCCAAAGGAAGGGGAGUGCUGAGGGUUGUGGGAACAGGAAUGCAGAUACCCUUUGAAUGGGAAUGUCCUGCUUUUAAAAAAACAAACUAGGAAGUACUUAGGUCAAUGAGCUGGUUUCAAACACUAUGGCAAGUGAUUCAAUAAACAUCAGCUUGGGCU